AGUACUGAAUUGGAGGAGCAUGAGAGUGCUGAGUUAGUGUGUGCUGAGCAAGAAAGUGUAGAGCAAGAAAGUACAGAUCAAGAAAGUACAGUCAUGGUAACUUAUGAAGAAUCAAAUGCAUCGAAUAUGGAAGAGGCUCAAAAUCUUGAAUUCGAAACAAUUGAAAAAGAUGAAAUAACGGACUGA